CAACGGCAGCUGUGGAAAAGAAGAUGCGACCCAACCGAACUUUUACAUCCCAAGCUCAGUUCAGCAGAUUGGAGCUGUCUUAUUACGGUAUUUAAAUAUUUUAAUUAAACCUCUGUAUUUAUAAACAGGCCCUGAAAUAUAUCAUGUGUAAUUUUAAAGAACACAAGAGAUAAACUAGGAAGUUGAAUGAAGGCCUUGCCUUGGUGGUGGUCUAAAAAUAGUCAAUAUUAACAUGAAUAUGAUUGAUACUGAUUAAACUAUUACUACUAUUACUAUUACUAUUUGACUAUUGAUACUCGUCCACACUCAGACUAAUUAGUAAUUCUUAUUAAUUAUGUAAAUUAUAAGAUACUAUACAAUAUAAACUAUACAAUAUAAACUAUUAUAUAAUAUAUAUUAAUAUUAUAUAUAUAUAAUAUAGAAGUUUUAGUUAAUAUAGUCUAUCUACUUACACUUACAACUUACAGACACUUUAAAAUUUCACUUCCGGUACUCUAGUAGAGUAGAGCACUGGUAACACUGGACACUGGAAUUAAACCAGUCACUUUGGAACUUUCUUUGGCUUAAGUUUAAGAGUCUAUGUAUAGGUAAAUUUUGACUACGCUUGCCACUAUUUUCUCAAUGGCCACCAUCUUGGUUAACACGUCACAAGAAGUCAUCUAUCCCUAUGCCUAACCUGAACCCUAAAUCGAUCCAUAUGCCGCAUGCCUAACCUGAAACCCUAAAUCGAUCCCUAUGCCUAACUUGAACCCUAAAUCAAUCCCUAAAAUAAUUUAGUAAAAAUAAACAAAGGGAAGUCACUCCCUGGAAAAUAAGUCGUGGCAAUCGUAACUAGGAUUAGCCAUAUUUAUCUAGUAGGAUUAGUAGGAUACUAACUUAUCUAUAACUAUAAUCUAAACCAAGUCCAAAGUGUGUGGAGGGGGGGGGACCCAUACAUUUUGCAGGCACAUAGAUUUUUGGAGAUUUAGGUAUUUUUAGUUAGUAAUCGAUCAUUUAUAGAGUCAUCCCUUCUUUUUAAAAUUAAUUUGUUAUAAUUUAAAUUUUGUUUUAAUUAAAUUGGUUAGUCUAAAACAUUUGUUGUUAAUAAGCCUGACCUAUUAUUAACUUGUUUUGAAAGGAUCAUUACCUGAUCGUAUCAUUUUUCGGUUAGACUAAAGUAUUAUAGUUAUAGUAAUCUCAUUUAAAAAGCUUUCCUAAGUUAAUUUUUAAUAUAUAUUUCAAACAGCUCCCAUUUAUAUUUUAUAUAUCAUUAUAAAUAUUAUGCUGUAAGUGUAAUGAAUUCUUGUGGCUCAUCUUCAUUGUCUUGAUCAUUUUCAACUCAUUACAGUUGUCAAGCUCGUCCUGAUAACCUCAUAAGACAUUUCUUCAUGGAAAUUUAAUUACUGAGCUGACUUUGCUUUAGUGCGUUGACAUGACUUCUACAAAAGUCAAGCCUGCCAAGCCGAGAGAGGAUAACCUUAAUCCAACACACAAGCCUUCAGUGCCCAGCAUGGAUACAUUUUUUAUAAAGUUGCCAUUUGCUUUCCCCGUCUCAGAGAGUAAUGGUCGGAAGAUAAAUGACAUUCUUGGUUUCAGCUUGCGCCAGCAAAAAGAUGAUAAAAUUUCAGAUAAUGCUGAAUUUAUUGUACUUGUCAUCCAUCAGUGCUUGGAAGCUAUUGGUGUUGAAGCCAGAAUAGUAUUCGGUGAGAGAACUAUCCAACCACAGACAAAUUAUAGGCCCCAUGUGUGGCUUAUGAUACAGGGAUAUAUUGUUGACAAUACCUAUGUAAAAGAACUUCAGAAUCAUAACAUCACUUACAUUGAGGAUAAUUUUCAGCAGUGUUACAGGGAAUGUGAAUAUGAUAAGAAUCUAUUGAAACAGACACCAUCAAUAGAGUCAUUAGAUAUUGAUCACUAUAGUUUUAAAAAGCGUCUGAAUUUUUUCAUACACCAACCAAACAAAGGACUUGCAUUAGGUCUCAAUCGUGAACAGUCUUAUAAUUAUUAUUUUGCUAUGAUCAGACACAUGUAUGAUGAAUACAAGGUGUCUAUAAAGGGCAUAGACCCAAGGGUUCGAUACAUGUGCUGGUAUUGUGAGCGCUAUCCAAAGAAUGGAAUCAAUUUUAUUACAGAUGUCUUAAGACAAGGAACAAGCGACGAUCAAUUAACAGAGACAAAGUCUGCCACAAGUUGGCAAUUUCAACAUUGCAGCCAGUGCAUGGUUGCCAGUUAUUGUGACCGUGAAUGUCAGAUGAAAGAUUGGGCUGAAAUUCAUCAAAUUACUUGUAUAUCACGUGGAUCUAUGAAUCUAUCCCCGUUGCCAGAUUUACCCCCCUACUCAUCAGAGACAAAAAAAAAUAUUUUGUCUUCAGUGUCUCAUUUUUAAAGGAAAUUGAUCAGAAACCUAUUUCUUAACAGCUGCUACCAGUCAACAAAGAAUCAAUCACUACCAGUUGUAUUUACAACAAAAGAUCAAUAAACCAAAUAAUAUCUUAUUUAUUAUAAUUGUAAAGACAAAUUAAACAACAUAUAGUAA